GGGCUUGCCAUUACAGUGCAAUCUUGAACAAGAAGGAAAAAGAAUAAUAAUAAAAGAAAAAACCGCACCGUGGUUCUUCUUCAACCUCGCGACGGCUUGUUGUCACAGGAAGCUGUGAACAAACAGCUUCAGCUUUUUUGCAAUUAAUUUAUCAACUUCGCAUUUUCUAUUUGUUGUGAAGAAAUUAUCCUUACUUUCAUAACUAAAAUUUAGGGUUUGUGAAACACCUAAAUCCACUAUGCUAAACCUAAAUUCACGAUUAGCUAGAGUAGCAAUUUCCAUCGCUAAACACCUCUCCACAAGGGAUUAUACAUCCAUGUGUAGAGCUGGAUAUACUCCAACCGCCCACCUCCAACCUUUGUUUCAACAGAAUUCAUUGACUAAUUUAUACAAGGGAUCCAUGUUUAAAAAACAUAAUUUCCUGUCAACAACGACAUCUAACAACACUGCUGAGGGUGGGAGUGAACAAAACGAAACGAUAUCUGUGACUUUUGUUGAUAAGGAUGGUGAAGAAAAGCUUAUAAAAGUCCCUAUUGGAAUGUCUAUGCUAGAAGCUGCUCAUCAAAACGACAUUGAACUUGAAGGAGCAUGUGAGGGCUCGCUUGCUUGUUCAACUUGCCAUGUUAUAGUCAUGGAUGUAGAAUAUUACAAUAAAUUAGAAGAUCCUACCGACGAGGAAAAUGACAUGUUGGAUCUAGCUUUUGGGCUUUGUGAAACAUCACGUCUCGGUUGCCAAGUGAUCGCCACACCUGAACUUGAUGGAGUUCGUUUAGCUCUUCCUGCUGCCACUCGCAAUUUUGCUGUUGAUGGUUACGUGCCGAAACCACAUUAGUUAUCACUGGAUUUUUUUGGUGUAAUGCAAAGAAUGCAGCUAUCUCAGUUUUGUAGCUUCACACACCGAGUUAGAUAAAUGAGCGUUUAUUGAUCUUAGUCAUUUUUUGGUACUGAGUUUAGUCGUGAUCACCGAGCUCCUCUGUAUGACAGACCAGAGAGAUCAUGCAAUGGGCUACAAUUGCUUGCCAAUAAACUACUUGUAUUGUAUUAUUUUUUUAUUGUACCAGUGAGUUCUGUCCCAACACUCUCUAACUCUAAAUAAAUAAAGGAAAAUGCUAAAAGGAGGAAAGGCUAGCGUGUAGUUCUUGUAUUCGAGAAUAUUUUGAUUCAAAACAAACAACUGAUCGUUUUCAUUUA